AUGAUCAACUCGCCGCUCGACGCGGGUCCCGCGUCGCCCGUCGCGGCCACGGGUGACGUGGAAGUGGAAGAGGCCAUGAACAAAAUCAUGAACCUCAUCUCCAACACCGACCAGGACCUCGAGCAAGGCGAGAACGAUGACGGGUUCCACUCGCCCGCUGCGCACCCCGACGCCAGCGAUGAGCCCGCGGCAAACGACAAGACCCCGGCGGUCGCUGCUGCGGUCGCGCCCUCCGAUGAGCCCCCCACGGCGACCACCAAGCCCGCCGUUCCCGUGCUCGGAGGCCGCCCGCGCCCCCUCGCGCCCGUCAGGAAGCUCGCGGUGCCGGUGGCCGCAGCUGGCACUGCGCUCACUGCGGUCACACCGACCGCGGCCCCGAGCAAGACGGACGGUGCCCCGGCGCCCAAGCCCGCCAAGCCGCUGGCUGCGAAGCCGAAGAUCAAGUCGGUGCUCCCCAGCGGCGGCGCGGGCCUCGCCAACAAGCUCACGGCGCCGAAGGGCCCCACCAAGGCAAAGAGCGCGUACAUGUUCUUCUCGGCGGACAUUCGGGCGAAGCUGAAGGAGGAGGGCGUGUCGAACGGCGACAUCAUGCGCAUCACUGCGGAGCGCUGGAAGGCGCUCGCCGCGUCCGACAAGGAGCCCUUCGAGAGCCAGGCCGCCAAGGAUAAGACGAGGUACGCCGCUGAGGUGGCGAAGUACGAGCAGGAGCACGGGGAGAAGCCGCCGACCGGGAGGGCGACCAAGGCUGGCAAGGGCGGCACUGCGGCCAAGGAGGGCGCAGCUGGCAAGAAGAAGCCCGCGGCACCGCGCACCAAGUCCGCGUACAUGCUCUUCUGCGACGCGAAGCGCGCACAGGCCAAGCAGGAGAACCCCGACGCGGACUUCGGCGCAGUGACGAAGAUUGUCAGUCAGUGGUGGAGGGAGCUCGGCGACAGCGAGAAGGCUGCCUUCCAAGUGCAAGCCGCGGACGCCAAGCUCCAGGCUGCGGGUCCCGGCCUGCCGGCCCCGGCUGCGGACGCAGCGCCCAAGGUGGCCGCCGCGCCGAGGAAGAGGAAGGUCGAGAAGCGCAAGAAGGACGCGGUGGAGGACUACGACUCCGACGACCUCUGCGACGACACCGAGGACGAGGAGCGCCCGCCGAAGAAGCGCCCCGCUCGCGCCGCGACGAAGGCUGCCCCGGGCGCCGACGCGGACGCCGGUGACGGUGAGGGCCCCGCUCCCGCCAUCGACGAGGAGCGCGACGACGACGAGCCCGAGUUCCCCGAAGUCGAGGACUGGUCCGCGGAGGUCCCCGAGGGCAUCCUCUUCCACGUCCCGGAGCGCCGCGACAGGAGCGGCAAGGUCGUGCGCCGCACGCAGUUCGCUGUCAAGCUGCAGGGCAAGGGCUGCCAGGCGCUCGGCAUGUGGGACCCCGCGGAGCACGCCGGCACCCCGCACGCCGACGCGGUGCCCCGCAGCAUGAUCGAGGAGUACUACGCCCGGAGGGAGGCGUACGACGCCGCGAUCGCCAAGUGCAACCGGGGCAACUACCUGGAUUUGGAGGACGUCGGCAGCGACCCCGCGCUGGACGCGCUGGAGAUGUCGUCCUUCCUGGGGCACCUGCAGGCCGCGCAGUUCCCGCUGCACGUCGCGAACAAGGCGCACGCGCGCGUCGUGGUGUCGCCGUCGUCGCUGUUCCCGGGGGACUCGGCCGCGCGCCUGCCCAUCAUGGGCACGUCGUUCGUGGCGCAGAGGGUGCUGGACAUCGAGCGGCGCCGCAGGGAGGCGCUGGAGGCGGAGCUCGCGGCGCUGAGGAAGCAGGUGGCGUGCGUGCAGGGCGAGGUGGCCGCGGCGGCGGCUGAGAGGGGCGCGGCCGCGCAGGGCAUGGAGUGCGACGGGGCGUGA